UGUGCUGUCAGUGCUGGCCGGGUGACGUCACGGCCCUCUUAUCCCCCUCUAGUGCCGUCUGGCUGCAGUGCUCAGACAGGAGGGGAGUAAAACGCUGAGUGAGCCGGGGAGGGGCUCCGUACAGAUCCGCGUCCAUCUCCGCCGAUAUUUCGGCCACAAAGAAGUCGUGGAGCCGCCGCCUGAACCGCAUCUCUCUGGAUGAGACCCUAGGACCUGCCGGAGCAGCCAGCCGUACACCGAGCACACCCCCUCCCCCUGUUCUUCUCUCCUUAGUGCCGGACACCGUGCUUCCCUUUGUGUCUGAGCGGGGGAUCCGCCGACACCGACCAUGCCCAGCUCACUGUACGCAGAUAUGGAGAGGACCGGCUCCGGGGGAGGAGGAGGGGAGACUCUGGACGACCAGAGAGCCCUACAGAUCGCCCUGGACCAGCUCUCCCUACUCGGGCUGGACAACGACGAGAACUCCGUGUUCGAUAACGAGCCCCGGAAGAAGAGCGUCAAUAUGACCGAGUGUGUGCCGGUCCCCAGCUCCGAGCAUGUGGCCGAGAUCGUGGGGAGGCAAGGUUGUAAAAUCAAAGCUCUGCGGGCGAAGACCAACACCUACAUCAAGACCCCGGUCCGUGGGGAGGAGCCUGUCUUUGUUGUGACUGGGAGAAAGGAGGAUGUAGCCAUGGCCAGGAGAGAGAUCAUCUCAGCAGCAGAGCACUUUUCAAUGAUCCGAGCCUCUCGCAAUAAGAAUGCAUUGAAUGGUGGGGGAGGAGGAGGAAGCAGCGGAAGUGGGGGGACGGUGCCAGGACCUCCAAACCUUCCUGGGCAGACCACCAUCCAGGUUCGGGUUCCUUACAGAGUGGUGGGUCUAGUAGUAGGACCCAAAGGGGCUACCAUUAAAAGGAUCCAGCAGCAGACCCAUACAUAUAUCGUCACCCCCAGCAGGGACAAAGAGCCGGUGUUUGAGGUGACCGGCAUGCCGGAGAAUGUCGAUCGUGCCCGGGAGGAAAUCGAGGCGCACAUCGCUGUACGUACCGGAGGGAUCAUAGAGCUGACCGACGAGAAUGACUUUCACGCCAAUGGGACUGAUGUUGGCUUUGAUUUACACGGCACAGGGAGCCUAUGGAGCAAGCCUACCCCGGGCGUCAACUCCAGCACAGCGUCGCGCAAGGCUUUCUCUAAUUACCGCAAUGACAGCUCCAGCUCUCUGGGCAGUGCCUCCACUGACUCUUACUUUGGGGGCACAAACGGCACAAGGCUGGCAGACUACAGCCCGCCAAGCCCUGCCCUUAGUUUUACCAACAAUGGCAACAAUAACAAUAACGUGAAUGGCAAUGGAUACGUGUACGCCAGCGAGACCAUCUCUCCCGACUGCACUGAGCUGGCUUUUGACUCCCCUUUUGACCCUGCCCCUGCCCCGCCCGGGACUGCUUUGCUCUGGUCCCAGUUUGAACGCAACGGCACGACCGCUGCCUACCAAAACAACGCCAACGGGCUGCUUUCCAACCACCGGCGACUCAAUGGGGUGGGCUGCACCGCGCCCCCCAGGCUCUCUCCUCCCUUGAACGGCAGCAACGUGGUUCCAGAGCACCCCUUAGCGCGCAGAGUGCGCAGUGACCCCGGCGGUGGCCUGAGCUACUCCGCCUACCCUAACAUUGGCUCCGACUCCUCCUCUUCUUCCUCGUCCUCCAGCAGCAGCUCAUCCUCUUCCAGCUCAUCUUCCUCUUCGUCAGGCAUGAGGAGGAAAGGCAGCCGCGAUUGCUCCAUCUGCUUCGAGAGCGAGGUGAUCGCUGCCUUGGUACCCUGCGGCCACAACUUGUUUUGCAUGGAGUGUGCCAACCGCAUCUGCGAGAAGAAUGAGCCCCAGUGCCCGGUGUGCCACACAGAAGUCACUCAGGCCAUUCGCAUUUUCUCUUAGAACAAAACACUCAAGCCUUCUUCUUUAUUCAGUAUGCUAAAAAAAAAUAUGUAUAUGCCCUAUAGCUACAUUCCCACUUGUAUGGUGCCAUACACGUGUGUUUGUCUUUUUUUUUUCUUUUUCUUUUGUAUAUAUAUUAUUUACCAGAACCUUUUAAUAUAUUAAUAUAUUGUAAUAUAUUAAUAUGCAAAUAAUAUAUAUAUAUAUAAUAUUGUGAUGUUGCUUGUGUUAAUUGCGCCCUUCCCCCGGGGCUCUAUAUGCCAGGGUUGGCAGCUCAUAGAUGUCUUUUUUUUGUAGUAGCCUUUCAUGCAAUUCCAAAGGCAAAUGAUGUUUUUUUACAGGGGUCCAGAUGUCAAAUAGUAAGUGCAUGUCUCAUUAAAACAAGGACCCCUUUUGUGCAUUAUUCUCGGUGGUACCCACUAUUGCUUCAUUUAUGUAAAUAGCUUGCAGCAACUGAUUUACAUGCGCCCACUCCAGAAGCAAUAUUGAUUUAUUUUUUUUGUGCAUCUUUAUAUUUCUGCCAUUCGCAGUGAGGCCCAUGGGCCUGUCUUAAAUAUUUUUAUUUUUUUUGGACGCUGUCACAUGGCCAAUUUUAACCCCUCUCUUGCUGGAAGGUACUGUUAUGGCUCUCGAGGGGUUAAAAAAAAAAAAAAAGUGAUAAGGCCUGGAGUAUAUUGAGACAAGGGCUCUUACUGUAGAGGAUCUAGUUGCUACCUUGCCAAGUGGGAAUGUGGCUUUAAAGCUGCAGUAUCUGCAUAUUAUUUUUUAUUUUUUGUGACUUUUUUUAUUUUUAAAAGAACUUGCAGAUUCCUUCCCAUUUCCAUGUUUUGCAGCUUGGGAAACCAACUACAUCUUUUGCAUGCUUUUAAGUAUGAACAAAAACCACCCUAGGAACAGUUGUUACACUGUACUUCUAAAGACAAAUCUUCCAAAAUAUUUUUAAUUUUAUAUCUAUAUAUAUUUUAUUUUUUUGUGUCUAUUCUUUUAUGUGUGGCUUUGUAGACUAUAGAAAUAUUAUUUUGACAAGCCAAGCAUCGUUUUAAAUAUUUGAAAGCUUUUUAUUUUUAUUAAUUUUUUUCUAUUGUUUUUGUUUUUUUCAUUGACCUUCCUUGGAGAACAAAGACACUCCAUGGAGCUCUCCCCCAUGAUACUGCAGCUUUAACAAAAGUAAUAUUAAAUUGUAACAUAUCUUCUAUAAAUAUAUAAAUAUAUAUAAUUAUAAUAAUGCGUUUAAAGGUUUUAAAGAGACGAAUUGCAUUAAUACAGAUUGAAGUAUUUUAUUCUUUUUUGACUUGAACAAAUUAUAUUUCAUAUUGCAAAGAUGUUUACAAGUAUUUUAAUUUUAAGUUCAGUGAACUUUUUUUUGUAGCUGGGUUUAAAUCUUUUAUUUUUUAGUAUGGCCUUCUGGCAAAGAACACUGUAUUAUUUUAAUAUCUCACAGGUGAAGUAGGGGGUGGGGAGGGGGGGGGGAAUACACAUUUUGGGGGGGACAAACUGCAAAAUAGUUUUUAACAGUAUUGUGUUGGGAUGGAGAUUUUUUUUUUUAAUAGGUUCCAGGAAAACCAAUGGUUUAAAAUCUGCUUCACCCAGUGUCUUUUUCUAUUCCGUGAUACAAAAGCCUAUUUUAGUCUAUAUUAAAAAAAAAUAAUAAAAAAAAAAUUGAAAUGUAUGAGCAUAGUAAGCCAACAAAAAAAGAAGCCGUUUGACUCCUUUUCUUAACAUUUGUAUAAAUAGAUUUCAGUGGAGAUUUCAAAAAAAUUCUGUUGCACCACUCUAGUUUUAGUAUUUCUAUUUUAAUACAUUUUUUUUUUGUUUUGUUUACUACUUGUUUAUGUAUAUGUAGGUAAUGUGACUUGAGCGUAAAUGUACUUUACUGAGCAAAGUUUUAAAAAACAAAAAAACAAAAAGUAUAUUUUAUUUUAUGAUAAAUGGCCUUUAACCUCAUGGUCAAAAAAAUACUAAUAUUAUAUUUGCUGAAGACAAGAUUUGAAAAAUUGUAUCAAGAGUUUUAUUUUUCUGACAUUUAAAGUUCUACAUUAAAUAAAGGUAAACUUAAGUAAUGGUGCUA